AUGGCGCAGCGCGAGCAGCGAGUGCUGGUGAUGGACAAUGGUGCAGGGAACAUUAAGCUUGGCUGGGCUGGCGAGGAGAAGCCCCGGAUCGUGUUCCCCAACUGCACCGCGAAGCCCAAGGGGGAGCGCCAGGUGUACGUGGGUGACGCCCUGCUGGAUGCGAAGGACAUCAUGAGCCUCAACAUGAGGCGGCCCUUUGACAGGGGCUACAUGGUGCAGUGGGACCUGGAAAAGGAGAUCUGGCAGAAGGCGUUCAAAUCUGCGGCGCUGUCGGCCAAGGGCCCUGGCAACGCCAGCGGCGCGUGGGACCCGGCCUCCACUGCGCUGCUGGUGACAGAGCCAAUAUUCAACUUCCCAGCAGUGCAGGCGGCGACCGAGGAGAUGGUGUUUGAGCAGUUUGGCUUCAAGUGCUUCUUCACCGCGCCCGCCCCUUGGUUCAGCCUCAACGCGGCCUGCAGCGGCACCACGCAGCCGCCUAACAAGACGGCGCAGUCCGCGGUCGCGGCGGGCUGCGGUGUGGUUGUCGACAUUGGCUUCAGCGCGUGCAACGUGGUGCCCUUUUUCAACGGGCAGCUGCUCGCAGGUGUGGCUUGGGAGGGUACCAGGGCGGCGUGCAGCGGCUGA